AUGUUCGCUCAUCUAGGCGUUGUGGACGCCGUUCGAGUAGAUAGGUCGACUUACAUUUUGCUCAUUCGAAAGAAGCUCGUUGGCACAAACACCUACCACUUUCGCACCGGUAUCUUUGGCAGGGGCGAGACCUGCGAAGAUCGCGAUCCCUCGACAACGGUCGGCCGCCUCACCGAGGCACGGCAGGCGGGUUCCUCGGGCAUGCGAAUCAUGCCGGCUACGAAAAACGAAGUGCAGCGGCGAUGCCCCGGUUUGCAGGCAAUGUCGCAAAAUGAAGAUCUUCUGAGCAAACUGCAGGAGUGUCAGACACUACUGAGGGAGGUGGAGCUUCUCGUGCCAGGACGCACAGCUAAGCGAAUCAAAGAUCUAUUGCAGGAUUCGGACUCAGGCUAUGUAUCCAAGGAUAUCUCCAGGAGCCCGACAUCUCGCGCAGGACAUAACCAAGAUGAAGGGAGGGGAGAGCAAGACAGCUCACCUGCCUCCCUUGGAUCACUGGAUGCUCUGGACCAAGUGAGAGAUGAUAUCAACCUCACCGAUCAAUCCCGGGCCACAGGGCAUGUCGGAAAGAGCUCGGAUAUCACUUGGAUGCAGCGUUUGCAAGAGGAGGCAGAAAGGCACAGUAGGUUCCAAGCUGAGGGCCUUGGCUCCAGCGAAAUUGAUAUGAUUGGUGAUAAGUUUGCCCCUCAUGAGGCAAACUAUCAUCUGGAUGAUUUCGAAAUAGAAGUAUCGGAGCCGGUGCAGAUGUAUUGGCUGCCACCUCGGCCACUGGCGGACAAACUUUUCGAAACCUAUCUGCAGGUGGCUCAUCCGUAUUUCCCAAUCAUUAAUCGUCCUUUGUUUUGCCAUCAAUACCGGAAAUUUUUUGACACUUUUGCUGUACCUGGUGAUAAAUGGAUGGCAAUUUUGAACAUUAUAUUCGCCAUUGCCGCCAGCUAUGCUCAGUCAGCCGGCUUAGAGUGGUAUGGAGAUGAUCAAAGUCACCUCUUCUUUCUUACCCGAGCUCGGAUGCUGAGCAUGAGUGGCGGUGACCUGUUUCGCCAUCCAGAUCUUCAGCAAGUUCAGGUGGAGGGCUUAAUCGCGUUCUAUCUGCUUUCUACGGAUCAAAUUCACAGGGCAUGGAGAAUCUCGUCUUUGGCGAUACGGUCCGCAGUCUCUUUGGGCAUCAACUUGAAGAACUGCGGCCAAGAGGUUUCAAGUAUGUCCAAGGAAGUGCGCAACAGAGUCUGGUGGUCUCUGUACACCAUCGAGAACAAACUUGGUAUGAUGACCGGCCGAACUACUUGUAUCUCGAUGAACAUGUGUAGCUCGCCGUUUCCUCUCCCAUUUGAGGAAACUCAACUGCAAGAGCCAUCCGCCACUUUGCUCCUCGAUGAUCCAGAUCUCCGGGACAAGCGCCUAAACACUGCUAUGGCAAGCUCACACCUUCGACAGACGCCAUUUAGCAAUUUCGGCAGCGAAGAAGACAUUUUAUCCGCUCGCUCAUGGCUUCAUAGCCUCCCUGCCAACGCUGGACUGUAUUUCCUCUACUCCUGCGACCUCACAGUUAUGAUGCAAGAGCUUUUAGACCGCGUCUACUCAGUAACCGCUGUGCACCAACGUUGGAGGAGUGUGAGAAACCAUAUUGAUGAACUUCAAGCUAGUGUCGAUGUUUGGGUCUCCUCACUUCCGCCUGGUUUGGACUUCACGCGCGUGCAAGAUGGUGAUCAGGCCCAUGGCGAGAAGAUGGGUUUGGCGUUCCAAUAUCAUAGUGCGCGAAUUAUGUUGGGUCGACCAUGUCUCUGCCGGCACAACACUUCCCAGAGAGGAUCCGACGAGGAUCGUCAUUUUACCCAUACCAUGGCUGUAUCAGCCUUGAAAUCUGCCACUCAGAUGGCGAAUCUUAUUCCAGAUGGGCCGAAUACUGACCGGCUACAUGGAGCCCACCCUUGGUGGUGUCUUCUUCAUUAUGUUAUGCAGGCAGCAACGGUCAUGAUCCUUGAACUUUCGUUUGGCAGUUUCCACAUGCCUGAGGCUGAGAGUAGUCUGCUACAGUUGGCCAAGAAGUGUGUUCGAUGGCUCCACAGAACGUCCGAGCAUAGCGUCGCUUCACAUAGAGCAUGGAAACUAUGUGACAAUGCGUUCCGCCGGUUGGCGAUGCCCAUGGGAUUCGAUAUCAGCGACCUAUCGUCGCAUUCCGAUCGGCAAGGGCAACACGAAAGAGAUAUCCAGUCCGUCAAUCAUGCACAAAUGUGCCACCGAAUUGUCGGGGAGGGAUCUGCAACUGGCUCUGGCUCUGUCGGGGGACCCAACGCGAGUCAGCCUAUUCCCUUAGGACCUUAUUCCAUCAACCCUGGGAACCAUUCCCCAACCUCAUCAAACCCGGUAGGGCAUGAGAUGGGCGAGGAGUAUUCUGCUUAUGAUCCUAUCAGCGAGGAGUUUGCGUGGUCCAUCUUCCCUGAGCUUGAGGACAAGGGAUCGUGGACUGGUUGA